AUGAAUUCGCGUGGAACAAGUAAUGCCACUGCUUUACGACGCCUCAUGACUGAAUAUAAACAACUCACAUCAGGAGGUUCUCCAGAUGGAAUGUUCACUGCAGGACCCAUCUCCGAAUCUGAUUUCUUCACAUGGGAGGCAUUAAUCUGCGGACCCAAGGACACACCAUUUGAAGGUGGCGUGUUUUCUGCGAAAUUAACAUUUGCGACCGUCCGAUUACCCACUUUCACCGUUCAAAAUGAAAACCGAUCUGUUGUUGAUCUUUUGCAUUUCCAAGUCUAUCCGGAUGGUAACGUUUGCAUAUCGAUAUUGCACACUCCAGGAGACGACCCCACGAUGUACGAGCAAGCUUCCGAACGAUGGAGCCCAGUACAAAGUGUUGAGAAAGUUAUUCUCAGUGUCAUCUCCAUGUUAGCAGAGCCCAAUCUUGAAAGUGGUGCCAAUAUCGACUGCUGCAAAUUAUAUAGAGAUAAUCAGCAAGAGUAUGAGAGACUAGUACGGGAGUCUAUCAAGGAACAACUGGGAAUCUAA